UUAUAGAUCUACAAAUCUGUUCAACCUCAGCUCAGCCUUUCACAUCUAUCAGCAAAGUGGUGAAAAUGUUAAGCCGGAUUUUCGAGCCGAUUUUGACAAAGGUAUGGGAGUCAAUUUCAUCAAAGUUGGUUGAACAAACGGCGGAUAAUGCAUACAACAAUAUCAAAAGUAUAAAGGAUUUUGAGCUCAAUCUAAAAGCUCUGCAGAAAAAGUUGAAGUCAUUGUGUGCUAAGGCAUCUGAUGUUGAGGAGGAAAUAAAGAACUCUGAGCUUUCUGGUCGAAAGAAAAGGAAACGUGAAGUUGAGGAGUGGUUGGAAGAAGUGACGUACAUUGAAGAUCAAGUUGUUGAAUUGGGGACUCAAGUGGAAUCCGAAGGAUUUAUUAUGAGAUUGAUGGAUGGAGGGUUACCAGCUAAACUAAUUGAUGAGGUUGACACACUUGUUGAGCAAAGUCGAAAUUUUGGUGAACUUGUCCUCGAUGUUUGUGGAAGUAAGGGAGAUAAGUUGUUGACAAAUGGGAUGGUUGGUGAAGCUUUUAAUGAAAAUUUGGAAACGAUUUUGAAACUUUUGGAGAGUGGACAAGUGUUGAGCAUUGGUGUUUAUGGUAUGGGUGGUGUGGGCAAAACGACACUGGCAAAGCACAUUAACAAUCGACUCCUCCAACACUCUCAGGGAUGUGUGAUUUGGGUUACAGUCUCUCAAGAAUUUAGUGUUACGACUUUACAAGAUAAAAUAGCUCGUUUAAUAGGUGUGGACUUUGUGGGUGAGGAUAAUGAAGACAUAAGGGCGGCGAGACUCCAUACAACUUUGUCUCAGAUGAAGAAUUCAGUGCUUAUAUUAGAUGAUGUGUGGGAAAAUAUUGAUCUAUUAAAGGUUGGAUGUCCCGUUUCUGCAGAGUGUUGUAGGCUGAUUAUAACUACUCGCUCCUCAGAAGUGUGUCGUCAAGUUUGUUGCCAAAAAGUGAUUCAAGUGAAAAAUCUACAUCAUCAUGAGGCAUGGGAAUUAUUCAAUGAAACGCUUAGAAAUGAGAUAGAACUUGAUUCUUCGGUAGAAGAGAUUGCCAGAUCUGUGGCAGAGUUGUGUGGUGGUCUGCCCCUAGCAAUUAUUAUAGUGGCUGGAAGCAUGAGGGGCGAGAGAGCCAUUCAUACAUGGAAAAAUGCUUAUGCAGAACUAAAAGAACGUGUCUCAGGGAAUGAUGGCAUGGGACACAGUGAUGUUUAUAAAGUAUUGAAAUAUAGUUUUGAUCGGUUGAAGAGGUAUAAUCAUAGUGAGAGUAAUGAAUUCAAUACAUUGCAACAUUGUUUCCUCCAUUGUGUGUUAUAUCCUGAAGAUAAAGAAAUAGAGAGAGAGGCUUUGGUUAGAGAGUUCAUUUCAGGUGGAUUGGUGGAUGAAAGAAAGACAAGGAGAGCGCAAAUUGAGCAAGGACAUUCCAUAUUGGAUAAAUUAGUGAAUGUGUGCUUAUUGGAAAGUUGUGUUGUUCUCGAUGAAUUUGGUGGUUCGACUGAAUGCGUGAAGAUGCAUGAUCUUGUAAGAGGUAUGGCAUUGAAGAUAUGUGAGGGGAAAUAUAUGGUAAGAGCAGGUGAUAAGUCUUUGAAGGAAAUUCCCAAAGAAACAGAAUGGGCAGAGGAUCUGGAGAAGGUGUCCUUUAUGAAAAGUGGCAUAAUGAGAAUUGGAGAAGGAAUGUCUCCCGAUUGUCCUAAGCUCGCAACAUUGCUUUUACGGGAUAAUUUUUGUUUGGAGUUUAUUCCAGAUUCAUUCUUUUCUAAAAUGCAAGGACUCUGCACUCUUGAUUUGUGCUGGACUGGCAUAAAGGUGCUGCCAAACUCAGUUUGUGCCAUGAAGAGCCUCAAGGUAUUGCUCCUUGAGUGGUGUGAUAAGCUUAAAAAUGUGCCAUACUUGGGAGAGAUGACAGAACUCAGGGAGCUAAACCUCUCGAAUACAGCCAUCAAGGAAGUCCCUCAAGGCGUUGGGGAAUUAUUCAAUCUCAAAUUCCUCGCAAUGGAUGCAGAUGAAUUAGAGAUGCUUCCAAGAGGAUUGUUUCUUAAACUUGGUAAUCUACAGCACUUAGAAUUACCAUUCCAUAUAGAAGUAAAAGUUGAAGAAAUUACGAAUCUGAAACUGCUUGAGGAGUUUACUGGAAGAGUGGAAAAUGUGAAAGAUUUGAAGUCUUUGAUUACAAGUUGGGGAAGUCGGGUGCGUGACACUUGCUACAGAAUAUUAGUGGGAUCGUACAAUAAAGAUAAAUUCAAUACAAUAGGAGGAACAUGUCAUACUAAAGAGUUGUUCUUGUUCGAAUGCGGCCUUGAAGACGAGAGAGUAUUAGCAGAGGGAGUUGUGCAUCUAACAAUCUUUAAAUGUGAGGGUCUGAGCAUUUGGUUCGUGGAUGGAUUGAAGAGUUUGAGAAUUGAAAGAUGUGGAGGAAUAGAGUACAUUUUGAGGAGUGAGUCAGGAUUAUCAUCUCAAAUAUCUGCUCUUGAAAAAAUUGAACUGGUUGAGUUGGAUGCUAUGAAGGGGUUGAUCGAAAAGGGCGAAAUAGGAAUAUCAGCUGCACUUGCACAACCCGUGUUUUCCUCUCUGACAAAGCUAAGAAUUGAAAAGUGUAACAAUAUGAGGAUGCCAUUAUCAGGAGCUCCCAACCUUGAAGUUAUUGUUAUGAGCGAGUGUGAAGAAAUAGAAGAGAUAUUUGAAGAUGAAGGAACAAGUUCCCUCAACCUCCCUAAAUUAAAAUACAUAGAGUUAGAUGAGCUGCCAAAACUGAGAAAGGUGGGGAUACUACUAUCAGGAGUUCCCACCCUUAAAACUAUUUCUGUGAGAAAGUGUGGAGAAAUAGAAGAGAUAUUUGGAGAUGAAGGAACAGGUUCCCUCACCCUCCCCAAAUUAAUAAUGUUGAAGUUGGAAGAGCUUCCAACACUGAGGAGCCUAUGCAAGGGAACAACCAUCAUUUGCAACUCCAUUGAAGCUAUCCUCAUAGAAGAGUGCCCAAGACUGAUGAACAAACUUCCUGUUGUUGUGGAUUCGGCUGUGCCUCGACGAUGUCAGAUAUCGGUGAACACAGAACUGUGGGAAUCAUUGAAGUCGGAUGAUCCCAACCUCUCUCUGUUUUCCAAAUCUGAUGAAGAGUUAUCAUAUUCCCUACUGUUCUUUUGGAAAAGUACAAACUAAUCUCUAGUACUCCCUUUGUCUAGUA